AUGGAGAAGCUGAUCGUCGAUGGCAGCCAUUGCCAUAAUCAACUCUGGUUUAUUAUUCGUGCUUCCUUUGUUUUUUUCGUUGUAUUGCUUUGCUUGGAUUAUUCGGUUCUCUCCGGUGUUAAAAAUGGAGGCUUUCCCUUAGUUUCCCAAAGCUUUUCUGGUUCUCAGAAAACCCACAAAGCUACCCAGCUUGCCGCCAAUGAUGAAAUUUCAGUCCCAAAUCCAAUUUCCAAUGAUGCCCAUCGGGAUUUUCCUUUCCGGGAAAAUAAUUAUAAUGUUACUUUAGCUAAUGUAACUGAUCCAUGUUCAGGUAAAUACAUAUAUGUUCAUCGUCUUCCAACAAGGUUUAACAAUGGCGUCCUCAAGGAUUGUCGGAACCUUAUCAAAUGGUUCAAUAUGUGUCCUUCGUUAAUGAAUUCAGGGUUUGGUCCUAAAGUUGAAAAACCCCAAGGUGUUUUGUCGAGAAAAAACUGGUUCGAAACGAACCAGUUUAUGUUAGAACUCAUUUUCCAUCAAAGGAUUAAGCAAUACAAGUGCUUAACCAAUGAUUCAUCAAUGGCAUCAGCUGUUUAUGUACCCUUUUAUGCUGGCCUAGAUGUUGGUCGUUACCUAUGGGGCUACAACACAUCGAUGCGAGACUCGGCGGCUUACGGUGUCGCUGAUUGGCUUCGGAAACAACACGAAUGGAACCGGAUGUUCGGUCAAGAUCAUUUCUUCGUCGCGGGGAGGAUCGCUUGGGAUUUCCGAAGACAGACCGAUAACGAAUCCGAAUGGGGUAGUAAGCUAAUGAACUUGCCUGAAUUUAUGAACAUUACAAUGUUGUCUAUUGAAUCAAGUUCAUGGAGCAAUGAAUUCGCUAUACCGUAUCCGACUUACUUCCAUCCGUUGAGAGAUAUCAAUGUUGUCCAUUGGCAAAAAGGGACCCGAACUGGAAAAAGGCGGUACCUGUUCUGUUUCGCCGGUGCACCACGUCCUACUAUGAAGGGCUCGAUCAGGGGUGAGAUCAUCAACCAAUGUUUAUCGGCCCCGAAUCGUACAUGCAAGUUUCUCGAUUGUAAGGCCGAGGGAAACAAAUGUGACACACCAGUUGAAGUGAUCAAAGUGUUUAGAGACUGCAAGUUUUGCUUACAACCUCCAGGGGAUUCGUACACUCGGCGUUCGACUUUCGAUUCGAUUAUUUCGGGCUGUAUUCCGGUUUUCUUCCAUCCGUAUUCGGCUUACGCCCAAUACAUAUGGUACUUCCCUAAGAAUUAUACUAAAUAUUCGGUCUAUAUUCCCCAUAACGACAUCAAAAACGGCAAUGUGAGCAUCAAUCGGGUGCUUUCGAGAUUCUCAGAACAUCGAAUAUCGGAAAUGAGAAAAGAGGUUGUGAAAUUGAUCCCUAAGGUGAUAUAUGCAAACCCCAAAUCAAGAUUUGAGAGAUUUGAGGAUGCCAUUGACAUUGCAUUGAAAAAAGUUACUGAAAGAGUGAACAAAGUUGGGAAAGUUAUGAAAGAAGGCAAAGAUCCCAGUGUUGAAUUUGCUGCUGGGAAUCAAUGGAAGAUGAAAUUAGAUGGGAUUAUGGGAGAUCAGGCAUUGGAGACAUUGUUUUAAAGAACAAAAAACAACAUGUGAAAAAAAAAGAGAGAUUUUAUACAAAA